AUGUCUUCCCCCAAAUCCCGGCUCCAAUCCCUCGCCUCCCACUUCCUACCCUCCUCUACUUCACCACCACCAUUACCACCACACAUUCAUACUCUCUCUCCAACGUCGUUCCUCCCGCGCGCAGCAGCCAUCGAGCCCGACGCCGAGGCCAUCUUCCACGUUACAGCAAAUGGCGAGACUCUCAGGAGGAGUUAUGCGGAGUUUGCGGACCGCGCGAGGGGGCUGGCGUAUUUCCUGAAGAAGCAUGGUUUCCAGCGCGUAGGGAUCCUGGCGCCGAAUACGCCGGCGUUCUUGGAGGCUAUCUUUGGGAUUGCGGCUGCUGGUGGCGUCAACGUAGCAGUCAACUACCGCCUCAAGACGGAGGAUAUCUCAUAUAUCUUCAUGUUUGCAAAAGUGGAUAGUAUAAUAGUCGACGCUGAAUACGUGUCACUGCUUUCCGACUUCCGCGCUCAGAAUCCGCAUGUACCUUUCAUCAUUGAUACUGAUACCGAUUCGACUGAAGGCCAACUCUCGGGUCCUUUCGAUGAUGCUGUGCUCGAAGGACUUCAGUACGAUACCGAGCAAGGUAGUCACGGAUGGUCUGACUUGAAAGCGCAGGCUGAUGAUGAGAACGGGACGAUUGCAUUGCCUUUCACGAGCGGCACGACAGCAAAGCCCAAAGGAGUUGUCUACACGCAUCGAGGCGCGUAUCUAGCGGCAAUGGGAAACGUUAUCGAAAGCGGACUCAACUACCACGAAGGCCGUUGCGGCUAUCUCUGGACCCUACCCAUGUUCCACGCCAUGGGCUGGACAUUCCCCUGGUCAGUAACCGCCGUCCGAGGCACACACUACUGUCUACGGAAGAUCAACUACCCUCUCAUUUGGCACCUCCUCAAAACAGAAAAUAUCACGCACUUCAACGCCGCGCCCACCGUCAACACGCUCCUCUGCGCCUCAAAAGACGCCGAGAAACUGCCCAAACCAGUCCGCGUCACCGUCGCUGCGUCACCACCAACGGCCCAUCUCUUUGAGCAGAUGUCGAGUUUGAAUUUACAGCCUGUCCACGUGUACGGGCUGACGGAAACCUACGGCCCCAUCACCAAAGGUUAUCAUAUGCCCCUCUGGGAGACGCUACCACCGAAAGAGAAGUACGCACGUAUGGCACGGCAGGGCCACGGAUUUAUUACGGGCCUCCCUAUUCGCAUCAUCAAGACCGAGCAGCCGGAAGGCGUCCUCAUCGACGUCGCGAAAGACGGGAAGGAGAUAGGCGAGAUUGUGUUUUUCGGGAAUAUCUGCGCCAAGGGGUAUCUGGAUGAUUCAGAGGCGACGCGGAAGCUGUUCGCGGGCGGGGCAUUGCAUUCCGGGGACCUGGCCGUUUGGCACGAGGAUGGAAGUGCACAGAUUUUGGACCGGGCGAAGGAUAUUAUAAUUUCUGGCGGCGAGAACAUCUCCUCCGUUGCCCUCGAGUCCAUGCUCGUGCAGCACCCAGAUGUCCUCGAAGCGGGCGUCGUCUCGGUCGCCGACUCGCACUGGGGCGAGCGGCCCAAGGCCUUCAUCACGGUGCAGGAGGGCAGGACGCUCCGUGGAGAGGAUCUGAUCGAGUGGUCGAAGCACGAGAGCGCUAUCAGCAAGUUCAUGGUGCCGAGGGAGGUGGAGGUCGUGAAUGAGCUGCCGAAGACGAGUACGGGGAAGAUAAAGAAGAAUGUGCUCAGGGCGUGGGCGAAGGGGGAUUAUAGCGACAAGUGA